UCUUUGGUGGUCAAGUUAUAGGCCAAGCUCUUAAUGCUGCUACAGCGACAGUACCGAAACAAUAUUUCGUUCAUUCACUACACUCGUAUUUCAUUCUCCCGGGCGAUAAUUCUCUCCCAAUAUUGUACGAGGUACAACGUGUGAGGAAUGGCAAGUCUUAUUGCACACGAACGGUAAUGGCUAAACAAAAGGGUCGAUGCAUCCUUUCUCUUAAUUGUAGUUUCGCUCUUCUUGAAAGUGGUCAACCAUUAAGACAUCAAUGUCCUAUGCCCAAAUGCCCUGAUCCGGAAACAUUGCCAAC